AUGUACCUGGAGAGUAUCUUCAACGUCGACAAUGGCUACUUGGAGGGCCUGGUGCGGGGCUUCAAGUGCGGCAUCAUCAAACAGGCUGACUACCUCAAUCUGGUGCAGUGUGAAACGCUGGAUGAUCUGAAGCUUCACCUGCAGUCCACUGACUACGGCAACUUUCUCGCCAAUGAAGCUUCUCCACUGAAUGUGGCCGUCAUCGAUGAUAAGCUGAGAGAGAAGUUGGUCGCUGAGUUUCAGCACAUUCGCAACCAUGCCGUGGAACCACUGUCAACUUUCCUCGACUACAUUCUGCAUUCCUACAUGAUUGAUAACAUUAUCUUGCUGAUUACCGGCACCCUGCACCAGCGCCCGCUCUCUGAGCUCAUUCCCAAAUGUCACCCACUGGGCUCCUUCGACCAGAUGGAGGCAAUUCACGUCGCCUCGACGCCGUCAGACCUCUACAACGCAGUACUUGUGGACACUCCGUUGGCUCCCUACUUUGUGGAUUGCAUUGGCGAACAAGAUCUCGACGAAAUGAACAUUGAGAUUAUCCGAAACACCGUCUACAAGGCAUAUCUUGAGUCAUUCUACAAGUUCUGCAAAGACCUCGGUGGCUCUACUGCUGAGGUCAUGUGUGAAAUUUUGGCUUUCGAAGCUGAUCGCCGUGCUUUUAUCAUAACCAUCAACUCUUUUGGAACUGAGCUCUCCAAAGAAGACCGCGCUAAGCUGUACCCAACUUGCGGAAAACUUCAUCCGUAUGGUCUUGCUUCUCUUGCCAAUGCUGACGACUACGAACAAGUGCGCUCGGUGGCAGAGCUGUAUGCCGAGUAUCGAGUCCUCUUUGAGUCCCAGUCCAAUGCUGAGAAUAAGACACUGGAGGACAAGUUCUUUGAGCACGAAGUCAAGCUGAAUGUCAACGCAUUUUUGCAGCAGUUCCACUUUGGCGUCUUUUACGCCUAUCUUAAGCUAAAGGAGCAGGAAAGUCGCAACAUCAUUUGGAUUGCAGAGUGCGUCGCACAGCAGCACAAAGCCCGCAUUGACAAUUACAUUCCCAUUUUGUAA